UGUACAGUAGCCAAGAUUUAUACAGUCCCUGAGGACAUUUGAGGCAAUCAUCAUUCCAGCCGUCUGGCGCACCUACUCUCACUGUCUUGUGCUUCCUUACACCAAGCCUCAAGACCCUAUUUAUUCUUUUCUUGGUUAUACACCCCGUGGCUCGUGUGCCUAUUGCUUUUCCCCCAGGCAUCUGAGCUAGCUUUCAUCAUACAUUGGUACAAAGGCCUGAGGUGCUAUCCAGUUGACUCCUUCGCUGCAGCUUGAGCAGCUUACUCCUUACCUUCUAAACCUCGGCCAACCAACUAUACACGAUGCCUGUCGUCAGUCCAGAGAAACUCGCAGGCCUCCAGUCAAAGUCUGACGAUGUCAGAAAUAUAUGUAUUUUGGCGCACGUCGACCAUGGCAAGACUUCGUUGACAGAUGCACUGAUUGCCACAAAUGGCAUUAUUUCUCCCAAGUUGGCCGGGAAAAUCCGGUACCUUGAUUCAAGGCCAGACGAACAGCUCAGGGGUAUCACCAUGGAGUCCUCGGCCAUUUCACUAUACUUCUCUAUGCUCAGAAGAUCAUCGCCGGAUGCCGCACCGGUACCUAAGGAGUACCUCAUCAACCUGAUAGAUUCGCCUGGUCACAUUGACUUUAGCAGUGAAGUAUCAACGGCCUCGAGAUUGUGCGAUGGAGCUAUUGUGCUGGUGGAUGCCGUUGAGGGCGUUUGCAGUCAGACUGUCACAGUUCUCCGACAGAGCUGGGAAGAAAAGCUCAAACCCCUGCUGGUCAUCAACAAGAUGGAUCGGCUGGUGACAGAGCUGAAAAUGACGCCAGGCGAAGCCUAUCUUCAUCUCAGCAAGUUGCUGGAACAGGUCAAUGCUGUUCUGGGAAGCUUUUUCCAGGGCGAGCGAAUGGAAGAGGAUUUGAACUGGCGCGAGCAGAUAGAUAAGCGGGUAGCUGCUACCGCCGCUAAAGAGGCUGAACUGGCAAAUCAAGUUAGUGAGACUGACGAGCUGGAGUUUCAAGAGAGGGAUGAUGAGGAGAUCUACUUUGCGCCGGAGAAGAAUAAUGUCAUCUUCAGUAGUGCCAUCGAUGGCUGGGCAUUCACAGUCCGCCAAUUUGCCAGCUUGUACGAGAAGAAGCUUGGUAUCAAAAGGAAUAUCAUGGAGAAAGUCUUGUGGGGCGACUUCUAUCUUGAUCCGAAGACAAAGAAGGUCCUCGGCCGCAAACACUUGAAGGGCCGAAACCUCAAGCCGAUGUUUGUUCAGCUCGUCCUCGAGCAAGUCUGGGCAGUCUAUGCAGCGACUACUGGUGGAGAUAAUGGAAAGGGGGAUCCCGCAAUGUUGGAAAAAAUCACGAAAUCAUUGAAUAUUGCUAUUGCUCCUCACGUCGCCCGUUCAAGGGACCCUCGCCUGCUUCAGAGCACCGUGUUCGCAUCGUGGCUACCAUUGUCGACGGCUCUGUUAGUGUCUGUAAUAGAGUCUUUGCCAUCUCCGGCGGUAGCACAGGCUGAGCGGCUGCCCGAGCUGCUGGAGGACUCACCCGGCUCUGAUCACAUCGAUGCUGUUGUCAAGGACGCCAUGAUUCAAUUCAAGACAUCAAAAUCAGAUCCCGUGGUUGCUUAUGUCAGCAAAAUGGUGUCAAUACCUGAGAGUGAACUGCCGCAAAACAAACGAAAGACUGGUCAGCUUAGCCCUGAAGAGGCGCGCGAGCUGGCAAGAAAGAAGCGUGCAGAACUAGCACGGGCUCAACAGGCCGAAAUGAACGGGGCGGCUGAUCUGGCACAAGCCAUCGAAGAUGUGUCUUUAGACGACGUUGUGAGGGAGCCGGAAGAAAAGGAGAUCGAUCCAGAGCACCUUAUUGGUUUCGCCCGGAUGUUUUCCGGCACGCUCUCUGUUGGAGACGAACUCUAUGUUCUACCGCCAAAGUUCACACCCGCAAACCCGCAUGCGUCACCUGAGCCGAAAAAGGUUACAGUCACAGCGCUUUACAUGAUCAUGGGAAGGAGUCUAGAGUCGCUCGACUCUGUACCGGCUGGCGUGGUCUUUGGCAUUGGUGGCCUAGAAGGGCAAAUCCUCAAGUCUGGAACACUAUGCAGUCAGCUGGAGGGAUCUGUCAACUUGGCCGGUGUCAACAUGGCAGGCAAUCCCAUUGUGCGGGUGGCACUGGAGCCAGCUUGGCCUGGUGAUCUGGACAAGAUGAUCCAUGGCCUCAAGUUAUUGGUGCAAAGCGAUCCUUGCGCCGAGUACGAACACUUUGGCAGUGGUGAGCAUGUGUUAUUAACCGCUGGCGAGCUCCACUUGGAACGCUGUUUGACAGACCUGAAAGAAAGAUUUGCAAGAUGCGAUAUCCAAGCAGGUGAGCCAAUUGUGCCAUACAGAGAAACUACUAUUCGAGCAGACGAGAUGAAGCCUCCGGCAAACAAGGAGCUUGGUCGUGGCGCUGUUGUGGGUGUCACAAACUCGAAGCAAGUGAGCAUUACUUUGCGCGUGCGUCCGUUGCCGAACAACGUGACGACUUUCCUGCAGAAAAAUUCCGGUGCUAUUAAGAAGUUAUAUUCCGAAAAGAAUGUCAAGGACGAAGAGGCCAACGCCAACGGAGCCUCAGACCAUGAAACAAUUGAGACUGACGUCGACAAUAUACUUGAAGGCAAGACUCUGUCGCAUGAUGAACUUAGGGUGCAGCUUCAAGAGGCACUGGAGAGUGGUAAAGGACGUGAAGUAUGGAAGGGUACCAUCGACAAGAUUGCUGGGUUUGGCCCUCGCAGGACGGGGCCGAAUCUGUUGAUCGAUGCCACGAAAGACGGCUGUCUCCAGAAGAUCUUUGGGGAUAAUAGCAACGGUAAUGGUCCGGCAGUUGACGAGAAGCUUAGUGCAGCUCACUUGAGCGACAAGAUCACAUAUGCAUUUCAGAUCUCAACCAACCAAGGGCCACUUUGCCAUGAACCAGUGCAAGGCAUUGCCGUAAUUAUCGAAGACGUCACCAUCACACCUGUGGCGGAGGAAACGACCGCAAAAGAUAGCCUUGGUAGACUUACCGGCGAAGUUAUCAAAACGGUACGGGAGUCCAUCCGCCACGGCUUCCUAGACUGGUCGCCCCGUCUUAUGCUCGCCAUGUAUUCUUGCGAGAUUCAAGCAAGCACUGAAGUUUUAGGCCGUGUUUACGAUGUGCUGACACGUCGUCGUGGUCGCGUAAUCGCAGAGGCUAUGAAUGAAGGAACUCCAUUUUUCACGAUCUCUUCGGUCCUGCCCGUCGCGGAAUCUUUCGGAUUCGCAGACGAAAUGCGUAAGCGCACAUCAGGUGCGGCCCAGCCGCAAUUGAUCUUCACAGGUUAUGAUAUUUUGGACAUAGACCCUUUUUGGCAACCUUUCACUGAGGAUGACCUGGAAGAUCUUGGUGAGCUAGCAGACAAAGAGAACGUUGCCAAGCGGUACAUGGAUGGAGUGAGGAGAAAAAAGGGAUUGCUCGUGGAAGGAAGAGCAGAGCGCAGCGAGGGAAGUAAACAAAAAACAUUGAAGAGGUAGAGUAAAUAGAUGUACUUCACGAGAGGUGAAUGAGAAGAAAAUGAACAAAACGAAA